GCGCGGUGCGCGCCGCUACCGCGAGAGGUUCCGUUGAAGCUGGCGCCGCCAUCUUGGAGUUGGGAGAGGCCGCGCGUCCCGUUCCCGUCCCUCUCCGGAGGCCCACGGGCGCGGGGGGGGGCCGCGAGAGGCGGGGGAAGCAUGGGUGCCCGGCAGUGAGUUCGCAGCGCCCCGUCGGCUCGUCCGUCCCCACGGAGGCCGCGCCGCGGCGGGCGCGGGUUUGGGCGGGAUGGUGCAGUCCUGUUCCGCCUACCGCUGCCGGAACCGAUACGACAAAGAGAAGCCCAUCUCCUUCCACAAGUUUCCUCUUACAAGACCCGAUCUUUGCAAGAAGUGGGAAGCUGCUGUUAAGAGGAAAAACUUCAAGCCGACCAAGUACAGCAGCAUUUGCUCAGAACACUUUACCCCCGAUUGCUUCAAGAGGGAAUGCAAUAACAAGCUCCUAAAAGAGAAUGCUGUGCCCACAAUAUUCUGUUACACUGAACCCGGUGAAAAGUCUGAAGAAUUUGCAGAGCAGCCAGAAGAUCCACUGCCACCUCCUCCACUGCCACCGCUGCCACCGCCUCCACCACCACCACCACCACCACCACCACCACCAGCAGCUCCAGUACUACCACAAUCUCCAUCAACUCCUUCUUUUCAUUUGUCUCAAAUAGAUGCCAGAUUUGUAGAUCCGAGUAUUGGAUUAUUGAUGCCCCCUCUCCAGACCCCCAGCAAUCUUGCUGUUUUUUGCGAUCAUAACUAUACCGUAGAGGAUACAGUCCAUCAGCGAAAAAGAAUUCAACAGCUGGAAGAACAAGUUGAAAAGCUGCGGAAGAAGCUGAAGACAGCGCAACAGCGGUGCCGGCGUCAGGAAAGACAAAUUGAGAAACUAAGAGAAAUUGUUCAGUUUCAGAAAGAAAAAGACAUAUUGGCAGGAAAAGGCUAUGUGAUUCUGCCUAAUGACUAUUUUGAAGUUGUAGAAGUACCUGCCUAGGAGUCAUGAACAUCAGUUUUCACUUUGGUAGGCCAAGAAAUUUAGUUUAAAAACGAAAUUCUUUCUAAUUCUGUAUGUAAGAAUUUCCAGAAUUCUGAAACAGUAAUUAAGCAGUCAUACAAAUAGGAUAAUAUUUUUUCUUCAUUGUCAUUUCAGUUUGAUAUACUUUUAAUAUAUUGAAGAUGCAAGUAUCUCAGAAUUAGAAUAUGCAAUGAAUUUACAAAAUAUUAAUUGCUUCCAGAAGGAAAGGAUGCAAGAUUGAAGACACAUAGAAAUUUACUUUUUUUACAAUGUCUGUCUUAUGCUUACAGGGUCUGGGAACUGAAUCUGGGUGAGAGUGAAGUUUAGGUGGUUGUACACCUAGUGCUUUUUCAAGAUUUCUAAUGUUGGCUUUGGUAAUCCCCAGUAAGUAGUUUUCACUGAUUUUAGAAAGAACAGAAUUAGGUCAGCUAACAUCUGCAAGUGCUGCAGAAAGAUAGCUAAGAUGCACAUUUCAGUCUGGGAAAACUUCCAACUUCAGUUUGCUAUGCAUUUGAAGAACUGCAAAAAGUAAUUCCUGGAUCCUUUUGGGUGAGGUAUGUAAAUGAACCUCUUCUUUUGGAGUAACUGUUCACCCCCUGAGUGUUUUGAGGGCGAUGAGGAGAAUUCAUUAGCAUAGCUAACGAGACCUGUAGAAGCAGCUUUUGUUUUGAGGGCACUUAAAAAUAAUCCUGAAGUGCAAGGCUGAAUUGAACAUGUAUGUUACUGCACUGUUGGCAGGAUCAUUAAGACAAUGUACUGUUUACAGUGACUGCUUGCAAAAGGACACUGGUAAUACACAGUCCCAGUAUGUUGUAGGGUCAUCUUCCCAUAAACACUGUAACUGGUAGGGUGUUGUCCUUGGUUUUGAAAUUAACUCGCAUGUCAACCAUGUGUAGCUUCAGGGAGUGAAGUUUGUUCUUCAUCCAGGGAGUCAGGCAUUUAUGGCUUUGCAGUAUACAGUGGUUUUAUUUCUUUCUUUUUUUCACUCCCCAGAGGGCAUCCACCAAAGGGCAGAUAGGGAACUAGACUUUGGAGUUGCUUGGUGCUAGACUGGUUUAUAAUAUCUCAAAUGCUGCUGCCUCCUCUUCAGCCUUAUUAAGACUCUUUCAAAUAAUAGAUUUAGCAUGACGAAGUAGUGCAGCAGUUUGCACUUACUUUCUAAAAAUUUAUUCAGUCAACAAACUCAUUCAAAAUGAGAGAAAAUGGCUAACCCUAAUGUAGACCUCACAGCUGAAAUUCCUGGAUAUACGAGACAUGAGGAAAAUUUGCUUUUCUCAGUCUAUGUCAAACUUGUGUGUGAUGUGGGUUCUAGCUCUGAUGUUAAACAAGCCUUGUUCAUGAUGGCUUUAAAAGCUUCCCUUAAUAUCCUGUUAGCAUGACAUUUUGAAAUAUUUCAAACCAGUCUUGAUACUUCUGACCUCACUCAUGCCAUGUGUCUAUUUUCCCUACCAUUUCAUACACUUAAAAUGAACAAAAAUGCCAAUGCUUCCUUUUAUGUACAUUUAUUAUACCUAAUUAAAAAUUUGAAA